UCAGAUAUCCAAGUACGAUAUCAUUGCUCUAUCUUCUCUUGUUAACAUCGAACUAGUAAAGAUCAUUGCAGUGUUAAAUUCAUCAGAGAUAUUCGAGGAUGAUACCGAUGCAGCAGCCAAGGAUGAUACCACUGCAACAACCGAGGAGGACGAUACCAAAACAAUAAAGGAGGGGUUUGAGCUUAUUUUUCAUUUUACUGAAAACUCCCACUUCACCAAUCCUGAACUCAGGGUGCAAUUUACUAAAGACAAGAAGGAUCAAUCAGAAAUCAUAGGGGAUAACAUAUGUUGGAAAGAAGGGUUUUUGAUUGACCUGACACGAGUGCCAGUGAACAAGGCGUAUAAACCUCCCACUGCCUCUCCAAAAGUUACGCAUCACAUUGUUAAUAAAGAGAAAAUGGAGGUAGAGGAGAUGCCAAGCCAUAGGAGCUUUAUCAAGACUGAAUUCGUUUCAAGUUUUUUCAAUUUGUUUGAGGAUGUGGUUCAUCAUAAGGGUAAAACUGUUGACGGUAAAACUGUGAUUGACCAAGAAAUGACCGAGGAAAUCGACUUCCAAUUGAUUCAAAAAUUUGAGAUUGGUGAAAAGAUUCGUGAUGUUAUCAUCCCACAUGCUGUUUCGUGGUACACCGGAGAAGCUGUUCAUGGUGAAGCCGUUGAAGAUUUUGAUGAGCGUAUUGAGGCUUUAAAAAGCUCGAGAGUGAGCAAACCAAACUGGAAAGCAGUUUCAAUGAGAAGAAAUCAAAGCUUGAACAAGAGUAUGAGAUUGUUUGUAUUGCGCUUUACGAUCAGAGAGAUGAAUAUAUUAAACAAGUUCCUGAUUUCUGGAUGGAUGCCAUGUGGGGAGAGGAUUUUCUUGCAGAUUAUAUCACAGAACGCGACAAGAAAGCUUUGUUACAUCUUCAAGAUGUUAGAUGCAUCAAGACUACCAACUGUUUCGAGCUAGAAUUCUACUUUUCUCCCAAUCCUUUUUUCGAGGAUACUACUCUGAAAAAGAAGUAUAACAUGGCUGAUGGUGUAGCGCACGUUUUAAAAGAUGCAACAGCGACAGAGAUCCGUUGGAAAGAGGGUAAGAAUUUGACAGUAAAGACGAUAGAAAAAAUACCAAAAUCUCACUCCUCUAGAACAAGGGAGAAGCCACAGCAGAGGAUAGUGACACCGAAGUGAACAAGAUGGAGCUCGAAUAUGACGUUGGGUCAGCUUUUCGUGACAAUCUCGUCCCUCAUGCCUGGAUUCAUUAUAAACAAAGUGCAGAUGGUGAAGUUGGACUGCUAAUAGCUCGAGCCAGGGCUGACGCUGAAAAUGCUUUGGAAAGUGCUCAUGCUAGUGUUGACACUGAAGCUUCAGACAUGACUGAUGACGUAGACAUGGUUGAUGCGAGUUAGCUAAGAAGAAGAAAGAGAUCAAUAACUCAGAUUCAGAUUGAGAGCAAGGAUUGACAAAUCCCAAGUAGUAGAAGUAGUAGUAGUAGUAGCAGUAGUAGGACUAGUUGAUUGACGAAACCCCUAACUAUGAUCAAUUACUGUUACUUGCCUUAAAAGUAAUAGCUGCGGAUUGUAUACAAAAAAUAAUAAGUUUUUUUAUCUGAUGGUCCCAUUUCUCUUUGGUUUUGAACUCAAUUAGCUUUUUUCCAUCGUUUGUAAAUGUAUACUGAGGUUGUAUUUUUCUCUUAAUGUACUGCUGCA